UUUCUGGUCACACUGACUGCUACCUGUUUGAGUUCUACGUUUCGUUUAAUUUAUUUAUUAUCCCUUGUUUACUUUAUUUAUUUAUUGAUUUCUGUUAAGUGCAAGUGCAAUAAAAGCUCCUUAGUUAUGGCUCGUUACUUCAAGGAACAGGAUAUUGAUGAGUUCCGUGAAUGUUUUUAUCUGUUCGCCCGUUCGGGCCAAAUCAACAAUUUGGACGAACUAACUGUUAUCAUGCGUUCUCUGGGUCUUUCGCCGACCAUUCAAGAACUGGUUUCCUACCUGAAGCAGAAGAAUGGCAAAAUGAGCUUCGCCGACUUCCUGGACAUUAUGCACCAGCACUCCAAGGUGGAGAGUUUGCCGGACGAGGUGAUCGCCGCCUUCAAAGCAGCCGAUCCUCAGAACAAGGGCACCAUCUCCGCACGACAGCUGCGCAAUCUCCUACAGAAUUGGGGCGAGGGUCUGUCCAUGCGCGAGGUGGACAACAUCUUCCGGGAGGCCAAUGUGAACAACAAUAGCACGGUGCGGUAUGCCGACUUUGUCAAGAUCGCCUGCGCCCCAGUUCCAGAUUACUAUUAGACAAACGCCUAAGCAAUAUAAAGCAUUCCAUUACUCUAACAUUCUAUACUAUUACAUUCCAGUAAAGUAGUUCCCCAAAGGAUUUCGCACAAUAAAGCUGGCCAAAUAUGUUUGGGAAAA